GGGAAAAUGGUUAUUGUAAAUGCACUGUUUUUGAAUUUUUAUUUACUUAUGCUUCUUUCCAGCAAGUGCUUCUUGCACGUGGGUACUGCACCGACGAGCAAAAGCUUUGAACGAAUCCAUAAAGGAGAGAGCGAACACGAGAUAAGCAGGAAAGUUGUCGCUCCAAAAUAUAUGACAGACCUUUACGACAUCUUUGUUGAUAGGCAUGGAAGAAGGCGAGAAGGCAUAACUACAAGAAUAAACAAAGUCAGGUGUUUUUUAUCAGAUCCAUCAGCAAAUUUUCGUCGAAGACAAGAACUUGCUUUCGAUGUACGGGAUAUUGCCGGUGGUGAGACAAUCGAAAGAGCUGAAUUGCAGUUAUUCAAAUCACGGCCUUUUUCAAAAUCACAUCAGCGCGGUUUUUUCCAAGUUGAGAUAAUUGAUGUUGCUAGUGGUGAGAAGGAGGCAGUUAGGAUUCUCAAUAGCUAUGGUGGUGGUUGGAAGUCAUUUGAUUUGACAAAUGCAGUCAAAAAAUGGCAGCGCCGUAUGUCCACUCGCAACCUGAUUCAAGUGAAAGUAACUGGGCAUACAGAUGAUGGUUUUUUUGUAUAUCGGGGUGAAACAACAGAGCGGCUGCCCUUUUUGGUGGUUUAUUCUCAAAGUGGUUCUUCAAGGCGAAAACAACACAACUCAGCCGCUUUUAAUAUGUUUCCAUCUUCAUUGUCAGUACCUAAACCCGAUAGAGGUCCUCGUAAUAAAAGGGGCAGUAAUGGGCAUCCAUGCAAAAGGAAAAGUAUGAUUGUUGACACUACAAAAAUUGGCUGGGGGCGCUACGUUUUGGCACCUAGAAUUUUUGACGCUUAUCGAUGCGAAGGUAAGUGUCGAGCUUACUCGUCACAGGCAGUCAAAAAGCAAACGAAUCACGCAGUUAUACAAGCUAUACUGUCGCAGCUAGGUGCCAAACAAAAUGGGCGGCAAAUACGGCCGCCAUGUUGUGCACCUUCUCAGUUUGAGAACAAAACACUUCUGCUGCAUCGAAAGGUUAAUGGACAAUCUGUGAUUGGAGUGGAAGAGUUCACUGACAUGGUUGUCAAAUCGUGCGCUUGUCUUUAGAUUCUCUCCAAACCUCGAAGAUAAUUACUGUUCUGCGACAGACGAGUGCAUCCCAUUCUUGUACGGCGGAUGCCAGCCUCCCAACUGCGAAAAAUGUCGAAAAACUGUUGUUGAUGCUCUUCCUGUCGAUCGAAUUGCGUUAGUGCGCAGUUGCUGAUGCCCCGUUCCUUGUGCUACUUGUACAUGUUAGAGCAUGCGCCUUAUAUCCUCAGUCAUUUCGAAAAAGAGCAGAUAACUGUCUGGCGUGCUCCAUUGCAACCACUCUAAUUGUAAUCACUCGAGAAACCCAAACAAGAACUUUGAACAUUACCAACAAUUAACCUUGGUGUAUGCUGUCACUACACACAACUGCUCCACACAAUCGUAAAACAGUAGUAAAUUCCCUCUCUCUCUCUCUCUCUUUCAUAUGAUCUUAUCGUGUCUAGUUUUUGUUAUCCAUUUCAUUAUCGUGAAAAACAUCGCUGACGCAGCAAGGACGCAUCUUAUGGUAAUUUUUUAAAUGUUCCAACGAUCUUCUACAUGGCAGUAUGAUCUGAAGAUUACCAGCAAUAACAUACAAAACAGGAAAGAGAAGAGGGCUAAACUGCAUGAUCAUCUGUUAGUGGUUUUCGACCCAAUUGUAUUAUCUGUAAAAUAAAAUUUGUCAUUUUCUAACCUUUUCAACAGCUUCAACCAAUAAGAAUUAUCCAUUAUUCAUGUAAAAUGUGUAUAUGUAUUCCAGUAUAAUUCACACGUUGCUAUAUUUAAUGUAUGCCAAACAGCAUAUUAAUAGAA